GGGAUCGGGGGAUACGAAUACUUGGAUGACGAAGAGCAGGCUAUGCUAAGACGGGCUCUCGCUCUUUCUUUGGAAAGGAACGACAAUUACUCCGAGGACAGUUCGCAGCAGACCUUUUCUUUGGAAAGGAAAGACAACGACCUCGAGGGCGACUCACAGCGGGCUUUUACGCUUUCUCUGGAAAAUAAAGAUAGUUACAUCGACGAUGUUCCACAGCAAGCUCUUUCGCUUUCCUUAAGAAGAAGAAUUAACAAUCCUGAAGAAGUUGGGCCGAUACCACGUUUUAUGUCAUUUGGAGCACCGUUCUUUGAAUCUCCAAAAACCACAUUUUACCCUGAUUUAAAUAAUAAAUCUGAACAAUGGGUGAAGCAGCGACAAACUUUUAAUGAGAAGCGCUAUUUUCGCUACCUUUUGGAAGAUCUAUGCAGCUACCUUUAUUUUCUUAUCAAAGCUGCUUUCUUUUUAAUCCUCUUGAUGAUAUUGAUGUCCGUCAUAAUGGGUAUCGUUCAGUUUGUCAUGAUCUUUCGAUCUGACAUUAAUAAAGAAUUUGAAAUUAUAGCUUCUGAGAUCCAUCAUCAAGCGCAAAAAUGCACGAUAAAUUAUGUGACAAAUCGAUGCGCGCCCGAGACCAGAGCUCCGUUCUUGGAAGAGAAUUGCACUAAGUGGGAGAAAUGUAUGAAUCGAGACCCAUACAAUUCCAUAAAAACGACCGAAGUGCAGCAUGAGCUAGUUCCUUUUUCACCUGUCACUCCCGAAGAACUUGCAAACUAUGGAGUUCUCUACUGGCGCAUCGAGGGCGAGAACAGUAUUGAGAAGAUAGAUGAAAUUGCAAGGGAACGAAAUUAUAGCAGUCGCGAUGAAAUCAAUUGUUCCCGUGAGGGACUAGGUGACUUGUACGACAGCAAGUUAAAAACGUUUUUUGAAGAACACCUUCAUGAAGAUGAAGAAAUUCGUUAUAUAUUGGAUGGAUCUGGCUUCUUUGACGUUCGCGAUAGUCGUGAUCGCUGGAUUCGCAUUGAUGUAGAGAAAGGAGACAUGCUUAUUUUGCCGGCCGGUAUUUACCAUCGUUUUGGUCUUCACGACAAAGAAUGCUUAAAAGCCCUGAGUAAUUUUAAUUCCUACAUACAGCAUGAAAUUUCUUUCCCAGUGCAAACUAACAAAACUCUUCGAUCAGGAUUAUUUAAAGAUACUCCAAAAUGGACACCAAUCAAUCGUCCGGCCGACGACAAUCCAUCCCGUUUAGAAUACUUGAGAAGUCUCUAG